GGGCUGCAAUAGAAGAGAAUGAAGAAGAUAUUGAACAGCUUGAAGUAAAGCUGAUAAAGCUUGUGCGGUUAUGCAAUAACAUGGAAGAAUCAGGAAGAGCUUACCUUAACUCCAAAAACCUUUUUGUUAAUGGAAUUUGGGAGCUUGUAAAUUAUUUCAAGGGGGAUACAGUGGUGGCGAAUCCUCUCAGCAAAUUAAUUGGUGUGUUGACAGAGAUUGGCAGAUAUCAAUCGAUUUUGGUCGAUGAGGCACAGCAAUCCACUGUUAAGAACUUGAGUGAUUUUAUAAAAAAUGAUAUCCAACAGGUAAAAGACUGCAAACGAAUUUUUGAGAAGAUCAGUGAUGAAUAUGACAAUGCAUUAUUUCGCCACUCACAAGUUCCUAAAACCAGACCUCAUGAGAUUGAAGAAAUUGGUAAUCUGUUGAAAGCUACUCGUUCUUGCUUUCAACAUGCUGCACUUGAUUACACUGCCCAAGUCAGUAUUCUUCAGACGAAGAAGAGAUUUGAAGCCCUAGAUACACUGCUCUCCAUGUUACAUAUGUAUACUACUUAUUUCCACCAAGGGUGGGAUCUCAUUCAAGACUACGAUCCUUUUCUAAAACAGGUAACUGCCACUCUAACCAAACUGAAAGAAGAAAGUACAAGUUUAGAAAAAAAAAUGGAAGGAAGACAUUCUCUCAUUACUCAGACGGAUGUAAUCCCUGUUCUAGUAAGGAAUUUGCUUUCAAAGAACAUCAUCAGAAUGGAGGGAUUUCUUUUCAAACGAACAUCAAAUGCCUUUAAAACGUGGAAUAGACGCUGGUUUAUUAUUCAGAACAGACAGUUGGUGUACAGGAAACGAACAAAAGAUGAUUUAAUUACAGUUAUGGAAGAAGACUUGAGAUUGUGCUCUGUUAAACUGGCCACAGAAGUUGACAGACGCUUCUGUUUCGAAGUACAGUCCCCGUCUAAAAGUCAUAUGCUUCAGGCAGACUCAGAAGAAGCUUGUCAGCAGUGGGUUAGAGCACUUCAAGCUGGUAUUAGUGAUGCCUUAAAUAAUACAAUGCAGGAAGACAACAGAAAUGAAGAACCUGAAUUAUUGAAGUAUCAGGUGAUUCAAAGGCUACAAGUCCAAAAGGUCACAAAAAAUGGACAGGUACCACCUGCAAAGCCUCCCAGAGUUUAUAAUCGGAUUUUAUCUAUACCUGGGAAUGACUUGUGCUGUGACUGUAGAUCUCCAGAUCCUCACUGGGCUAGUAUUAAUCUUGGUAUUACACUAUGUAUUGAAUGUUCUGGUAUACACAGAAGCUUGGGAGUACACAUGUCAAAGGUUAGAUCUAUCACUUUGGAUGUCUGGGAACCAGAGCUGCUGAAAGUGAUGGGAGAACUAGGAAAUACAUUUGUUAACAGUAUCUAUGAAGCACAUGUUAAUGAAAAUAUUGCUGUGCGGGCCACACCAGAUUGUCUUAGAAAUGUCAGAGAGACUUGGAUCAGAGCAAAGUAUGUGAAAAAAGCCUUUGUUCAAAGCUUCCCUUUCUCUGUACCUGCCAAUAAUGAAGAAAAGAUGGGGAGAGGGAUGCCAAGAAGGUGGAGUGUUCGUAAGCAGAAUAGGCGACGUAGGAGUUUGAAAUUACGAUCAGAAAAUAAAGCACAAGAUCUUCGUUUUUCUGAAGCAGUUGAUUUCCGUGAUAAAAAAGAACAUUUCUUUGACACACAUGGGCAUGUGAAGAGGCUUAGAUCUUCUGAGGAAGCUACUUUAGAGUUUAAAGAAUUCAUUCCAAACCAAGAAAAACAUUUGUGCGAUAUAUAUGAAAAGAAAGAAAAUACACUUAACAGUGAUGAACUACCAAGCAUUGCUAUUGACAAAGAAUCAGGCAUUGAAAGUGAUAUGAAAGAAAGCAGUCCUAACAAUGAUAAACAAUCAAGUAGUUCUUUUAAAAUUGAAGCCAACAGUGAAGAACAUUCAAACACUGAGAUAGGCAAAGAAGAUCACAGAACUAACACUAAAAAACAAUCAAGUGCUGAAAGAGAUGCAGAAGAACCCAAAACCAGCAAUGAGGAACAAUCAAGCACUGAGAUAGAUGAGGAAGAAUCCAAAGCCAGCAAUGAGAAACAGUCAAGCACUGAGAGAGAUGAGGAAGAACCUAAAGCCAGCAAUGAGGAACAGUUGAACACUGAAAGAUAUGAGGAAGAAUCCAAAGUCAGCAAUGAGGAACAAUCAAGCACUGAAAGAGAUGAGGAAGAAUCCAAAGUCAGCAAUGAGGAACAAUCAAGCACUGAAAGAGAUGAUGAAGAAUCCAAAGCCAGCAAUGAGAAACAGUCAAGCACUGAGAGAGAUGAGGAAGAACCUAAAGCCAGCAAUGAGGUACAGUCAAGUAUUGAAGUUAUCGAAAUAGAUAAUAAAGCUAACAUUAAAAAAGAAACAGAUAUUAUGAGUGAAAUAAAAGAAGGCAAUCCCAUCAGUGAGGAACAAUCAAAUGCUAAGAAGAUAGAAGAAAAAGUCAACAGUGAAGGACAGCCAAGUAUUAACAUAGACAAGAAAGAAGAAAUCAAUCAAUAUGAAGAACAGUCAUUAAUCAAGUGUGAUAACAAAGAAAAUAAAUCCAACAAUGAAGAAAAAUCACCAAUUAAUAAUGAUAAUGAAAAAGAGAAAGACAAAAUGAACAAUUGGGAACAGUCUAAUAUUGAGGAUAAACAGAAAACAGUCAAAAGUAGUACUGGGGAAAUAACAGGAAGUGAGAAAUAUAAGUUUGAAGACAGUCCCAGUUUAAUGGAUAUAGAAAAAGAAUUCUCAUCUAAAGACCAAGAUAUUUUUGUAUUUGGGGUAAUAAUAGAACAAGAUAUUCCUGGAAGUACAGGAGUUGAGAUGGACAGUGCAGAUGAAACUCCUAGUCCUAAUGAUGAUGAUGAUGAUGAUACAACACAAGAAGAUGAUAUGAGCAAACUUAAUCCUAGCCUCUUGUUAUACAGAGCUGCAGCAGCACACAACAUACCUGUCAUGUGUCAGGCUCAGGCAUACGGUGGGGAUCUAAACUGGAGUAAUGAUGAAGACAGAGGAAUGUUGCCUCUUCACCAGGCAAUAAUGAGUGGAUCUAUUAUGGCAUGUGAAUAUUUACUUUUGAAUGGAGCUAAGGUUAACAAUCAGGAUGAGGAAAGAAAAACUGCUCUUCAUCUUGCCACUGAACUUGGACAUACAGGACAAGUUUGUCAGCUGUUGAAAAGAGGGGCAGACCAACAUAUUGUUGAUAGUGCUGGAUAUAAUGCUCUUGACAUAGCAGUAACCAAUGCUAAUGCUGAUAUUGUAACAUUGCUAAGACUUGCAAAGUUAAAUGAAGAAGUACAAAAAGACGAAUUUGGAAAUUCAGGAGAUGAAACAUAUAAAGAGGUUGUUCGAGACUUUUCUCACAUGGCCUCUCAUAACCCUGAAAAACUGUAUCGUCAAUCCAAUUUGGCAGAGUGAUUUAAUGUAGGAGCAACAUUAUUAUCCCCAGUUUCAUUCAGCAUUAUUUCUACCCUCUAAGGAUUUAAAGAUUGCAAAAAUUAUGUUUCAUGAUUUAUUUGAUCAUAUGAAUAUUAUUAGUAUAAGAGUGUUUGAAAAAUGUACAUUAAUUAGUUGUUGCAUAUUUUUUUUUCAGGUCUGUUUGUUUUGAAACUUUGUGUUAUAAAUGCUGAAAGAAUUUUAUGAUGGUGCGUGACGUGUACUUAUAUGUAUGUAUUUAAAAAACAAACUUAAAAUCAAGAUAUGAAUCUCCACCAGUCGGUAAAUAUUUAGAAAAAAAAUUUUUAAUGAACUUUUUGAAACUGAUAUAAAAAAGAAAUUAAAUAAUAUUUCAGUACGAGCCUUUUAAGCCCUCAUUCACACAACUCGCAUAUGAGAACUAAACUACAUGUAGUUCAUUGGAACAAGACUGUACUUAAACUUUAACCCUUUGUUGCUUUCAAAACAUUUCCUUAUUUUCUACAAAUCCUUUAAGGUGAAGGUUCACCCUACACCAUAUGAUAAACAAGAAGUUGUAGUUAAACUUCAGCAUUGUGAUAUUUUUUAGGAGGAAAGAAGCUAUAUUGCACUUAAAGUUUAAUCCUGUAAUAUUUUUAGAGGAUCAGGAAAUGUUUUUCAAUAUACAGCUGACAUCAGAAAUGUUAGAAUUAAGCCUUUAUUAAACCUCUACGGAAUGUAAACUUUAAUCCUGUUGUGUUUACCAGUGGUGGUGCUAUAGCUUGAUCAUUGGGAUGGUUUGGGCCUUUACAAUACUAACACUUGGUAACAGAUGCACAUAUUUGGGAAAAUAAUGAGUAGAGAAAAUACAUUUGCUGACUUGACUUUAAUCACAUUUUAUACAAUAAGUAUUUUAAUGUAAGCUUUACUCUUUCAUAUAGUCUAUUUUAUGAUAGACAGCAUUAUUUUAUUUUAUAGCCUAGGCCUACUGUUUGCUUUUUCACACACAACAUUCUAAUUCUGCAUACAU